CGUCGCCGACCAUCUUCUUUAAAUAAUUUUAUGGCGUAACUCCAUGUGAUGAAGAAAGCCCCUGUCCACUUUCUCUCUUAUUCGUAUCCACAUGCCAACCUAUUAAGAACAUUCAAUUGGGACCUUUCCACUCUUAUACCCUUUAUCAUCGUCUCUCCUAAGCCCCGCAAUCCUACAAGUUUACCUCACCAAUCCAAAAAUUCCCAGGAGUCAAUAGUAGAGCAACAACCACGCGAACCACACAAACAAUGGCACCAGUAACAGAACUAAUCCUCCUUCCCCUCUCCCCCAACGCCUCUCCCGAAACCAUAUCCUCCGUAAUCGCAACCAACACAGCAACCCUCCUAGCGCAACCCGGUUGUCGCCGAGUCCGCGCAUCGCGCGUUCAUGAAGAUGCUUCCAAGCAGCGCUUGUUCGUCGACUGGGAUAGUCUAGAACAACACCGCGCCUUCGGCUCCAACGACGAGGAAUACGGUCCUUUCCGCGCGCGCAUGGCGGGGAUCGUGGAUACGAGUGCGGGACCCAGGAAGCCGCCUUAUCAUGUGGAAUUCGCGCCUGCGCCGCCGAGUGUGCUUGAUGGGAGUGGUAGAGCUAAAGCUCCUGUGGCGGAGGUGUUGCAUGCGUAUUUCCCGAGUGAUGUAAAUGAGCAGGCUAGAGCGCGCAUCGCGGGUACGGUGCAUGAAUUCGUAGCUGAGUUGGCGAAGUUUGCGGAAGGGUAUACGAGGGAGUAUGCUGUAGGCUGGACGGUGGAGAAUGAUCUUGAGUUCAAGGGGGAGAAGACUCGCGCCCUGCUACUCGUGGUUGGGUGGACUAGUGUUGAGGCGCAUUUCAAGGGGCGUGAGGACGAGGGUUUCGCGAAGAUUAUCCCGAUGAUUAGGGGGCUUGAGGGGCUUAAGGGGUUGGAAAUGUGUCAUGUUGCUAACACGACGACGGAGAAGAGUGCUUAGACUGCGUUGAGAUGAUGCGGUAUUUCUUAAGUUAUCUACUGGGGGUAUUCGGCGGAAACAGGAGACUGGGGGUGGUUACUGGGCAAACUCUC